AUGCGACAGAGAAUUGUUGAUUAUCAUCAGUGCAAGGGGAAUGAUUAUCAUCAGUGCAAGGGACAUUCAACUGAUGAAUGUUUCAAAUUGAGGCAUGAUAUUCAAGACUUGAUUGACAGUGGGAAGAUUACUAAGCCAUCGGAUAAGAGUAAGCCCAGCACCAAGAACAAUCCGCUUCCCCAAUAUCAGUACAAUUAUCCACCUCGUAAGUCUCAUUCGGGCGGAUCGGUUAAUGCAAUUGGGAGCGGGUUAUCAGAAGAGACUAGGGGAAAAGAGAUUGCUGUUGAUGGAGCAAAGAAGAAAGUGACAGAGAAAGACGAGGGGAAGCCGAAAGAGAAAAAGAAUGAGGAAGAGGGUCGUAAAAGGCAAAAGAAGACUGUCGAAGUUGGAGAAAGCAGUCAGAACAAGACACCUAGCGGGGUGACCGUGUAA